AAAAGAAAGAAAGAAAUGUCUUCUAAGUCAGAGAAAAGGCUGAAAACAGACAAACUUUCAAAGGUGACAGAAAAACCUCUGGGACGAGGCAGUGAAGAGGAGGGCAUGUUCCAGAUUGGGAAGAUGUGUUACGUCAGAGUAUCCUGCUUCAAGGGGAAGGUGCUCCUGGACAUCAGGGAGUUCUAUGCCGACAAGGAGGGUGGCAUGAAACUGGGGAGGAAAGGGAUUGCCCUGUCUGCAGAACAGUGGAACCAGAUGAAGGAGAUCAUUCCUGAGAUCGAUGCUGCAGUCAAGAAACUAUAA